GGCAGGAGAGAAAAACCACGCCGGGGAGAAGCCAGGCAGGCAGGCAGGCAUCGGCGGCGUCCUCUUGCCUCGGUGGCCGCCUAAGGCUCCCCCCGGCCGGGAUUCCCGGAGGCCCCUUCUCGGCCGGGGCGCUCCAGCCUCGUGCGCUCCCGGAGAGAGAGAUUGAGGAUAUGAAGCCAUGGUGGCUUUGCUCCUGCCCAUGAUUCUCCUGCUCUGAAGAUGUCCUCUAUGGACCCCCUGCCUCCAGCCACGCCUCCGGCCCAGAAGCCUGCUCGCAUCAUCAAGCCCCGCCCGCCCACCAGGCCCCGCCCCUAUUUGCCCCCCAGGCCAGACUCUGCCAGGCUGAGCCGAUGCCCCACCCCAGCACUGCCCCCAGAGGAUGCCGAGACCAGAACGGUGAGCGACGGAUAUUCUAAAGUUACCAAACCCCCUUCCCGGCAUCAGCAGCAGCUGCGCAAGCUGCAAGAUUCAGGCGCUGUGCGCAAGAUUGUGGUGCGCUUCGACCACACAGCUCCUGAAAAGGGAGAGAUCUGCAAGACCGUCCCACCUGCUUUGAACUGCAGUCAAGCCCCCACUUCUGUCACUGAAAAUGGGGAAGAGAAGACUGUGGUGGAGGAGGAGGAGAUGCAAGGGAAGGAACAGUUGGGUAAGAAACCAGGGAGAAUGUGGGUGUUCAGCUCUUGUUCUCUUCCAUUUCUCCGGAAGACAACUACAAAGGUUGAAAUUUUCCUCACCGUUUUUAACCAGGCUGCCCUAACUCUGCAAAAAAUAUAUAUCUCGCUCUCCGCAGGUGGUUGCGAAAGCGAAGGAUCCGUUCCAGGCGACUCUGACUCAGGGACCCCAAGCGAUGGAAGCUGCUCAGUGUUUUCCCCGAAAGGCCCUGACUGGGGCCUUUACCUACAAGAUGAGCCCCUCUACCAAACGUAUCGCCAGGCCGUCAUCUCCAAAGAGAUCAAGCGGCAAACGGUUCCUCGCAACAGCAGCUUCAGCAGCUCAGAUUACGGAGCCCCUUCCCCGGGGGAAGGACCUUCUGGAGGACCUCGGGGUCCCAUACCGCACAGCACGCUGUGGCAGGAGCUGCCGGCGGUGCGGGAAAGCAGCCUCCUGCAAAACAUCAGUCCCGAGGAGAGGAAGAUGCAAGAGAGUCUUUUUGAGGUGGUGACUUCCGAAGCUUCCUACUUACGCUCCCUGACGCUUCUGAUCGAGCAUUUCAUGGAGUCACGUGAUCUGGCGGCCACAAUCUUGCUGCGCGAGCACCGCAUCCUCUUCUCCAACAUCCGUAAAGUCAAGGAGGUCAGCGAAAGAUUUCUGCAAGACCUGGAAGGCCGCCUGGCUGAGAGCCUGCAGAUCUCGGAUGUCUGUGACAUCGUUGAAGAACAUGCCCAGCAAAGUUUCUCUGUCUACAUUGACUAUGUGCGCAACCAGCUGUACCAGGAGAAGACCUACAGCGCUCUCAUGGAGAAGAACCCGCAGUUUGCCACAGUUGUGACCCGGCUUCAGGAACUGCCUUAGUUCCAGCGUCUUCCCUUUAUGUCCUUCCUGCUCCUCCCUUUCCAGAGGAUCACUCGCAUCAAGAUGCUCAUAGAGAACAUCCUUCGUCGAACUGAAGAAAACUCCUUGCGAGAGCAGAAUGCUAUGAAGGCAUUGGCAUCCGUUUCCAAGAUAAUAGAAGACUGCAACUCUGAAGUCGGACGCAUGCGUCAAAUGGAGGAGCUGAUCCACAUUGCCAGCAAGAUCGAGUUCGACAAGCUGAAGGCCAUCCCCAUCAUCUCCCAAAGCCGACAGCUGCUGAAGCAAGGGGAGCUGUUGGAAGUGGUGCAUCGGGGUACCAUCUUCGGAACGAAGCCGAAACUGGUACCUAUCUACUUGUUCCUCUUCAAUGACCUCCUGCUUAUCACCCAACGCAAGAGUUCAGAACGCUUUGUGGUGCUGGAUUACGCCCACCGGUCGCUCGUUCAGGCCCAGAGCUGUGGGGAAACGGCUGCGAACCAGAGCGCCGAGAACAGCUUCUACUUGACGCUGAUGGAGAACCACCAAGGGCGGAGCAGCGAACGCCUCUGCCGCGCCCCGACGCAAUCAGACAUGCACCGCUGGAUGGGGGCUUUCCCCUGCCCUGAACCCCAGUCCAACGGCAAGCAAGAAACCAUCUAUGAGGACUGGGAUUGCCCCCAGGUUCAGUGCACCGAGGCCUACAUGGCCACCCAGGCUGAUGAACUAAGCCUCGAGCCGACGGAUAUUGUCAACGUGCUACGCAAAACCAACGAGGGCUGGUAUGAAGGUGUCCGCUUAGCUGACGGAAAGAAGGGCUGGUUCCCCUCGCGCUACGUGCAGGAAAUCACGAAUGAGCACGUGCGGCGGCGCAACCUCCGGGAGCGGUAUCGUGUCCUGCAGGCCGCCCGCCAGCUGCAGUUGACGCGCACCAGCCACGGGAAAAGCAAGUACAGCUCUGCGUGA